UUAGUCGGCUGCCUGCGCACGUAUCGGUAUUACAGGUUGUAAAGAGAAUUGUGCUCGAGCUGGGGGACCCCGGCAGGAGGCCGCGUAGGAUGACGCGGAGGUUUUUGGCCGCAGUGAAGAGCGGAGUGCUCUCUGGCUUGGAAUCGGAAAACAAACCGUUUUUUCCUGAGAAACAGCUCGUGCGCUGCGGAAGCCACUGACCGUUCGCUUACUCCCUCUGGACGCUCUGUGAGGGUCCGCUUGUUCAUCAGGUGUCGCGCAGAGCCGGAGCGCAUGCAAGAGUAAUUCAUUUUUCCACAGUAGGAAAAGUGGAGAGAUUGAGUCGAGAGAGCUCGGGGAGACUCGUCACUGGGAAAGAGAGGCUUUCUCUCUCGCGAGGUGGUGAAAAAGCUGAUGCAAAGGCGGAGAACGGAGAGGGGGGACAGAGCUUGUGGUUCAUCAAGUUUUGCAAACCCAUUUUAAUGCAUAGCGAGGUGUGUGGGGGGCAGAGAAGCUGGUGGGGUUAGGAGGAUGAACUGCGGGGGGGACUGCGUUUUUCUCGGUCGUGUUUAUUGCAGUAAUACAUGCCGAGGCACUGAGAAGUGAGAAAUAUGGGACAACUAAUAGCAAGGAAGAGCCUGCUUUAUUUUCUUUUCUCUUCUGGAUAUAAUGAUUUGCAAGGUGGAAACAUGAGAAGCCAAGCCUGCUUUCCAGGGCACAGAAAUGUGAGGAAGAUGCUCCCGAGUGUGACAGACCGGGCUGUAUGCAUAAAAGCGUUUCCUCGCUUGGGUGCUCGGUGGGUGGCAGGGCCCAGGUUCAGUCGUGUGUGAUCAUUAGGCGGUGAGGAGGAAGAAGGAAACCUCGCCAUGGGGUACAACAGAAGCUGGGUUUUGAAAAGCGAAGGCGAGCAUGCCCUCCUCUACCAAGCUGUCACCAGAGCUGUGGAAAUUAGGAACGUGUCUGCGGCACAAGUUGUGUGGAACAGGAGGAACGCCAGUGGGAUUGCUGCCUUGCAAAACGAGGAGCACAGCGAAGAGCAAACCUACAGGCACUUCACUACCGCCGUGCAAGUUGUCAUCUUUAUAGGCUCUUUGCUGGGUAACAUCAUGGUGCUAUGGUCAACUUGCAGAACGUCAGUACUUAAAUCUGUAACAAACCGAUUCAUUAAGAAUUUGGCCUGCUCUGGGAUCUGUGCCAGCCUAGUCUGUGUGCCUUUUGACAUUGUUCUUACUGCCAGUCCACAGUGCUGCUGGUGGAUCUAUACGAUGCUGUUCUGCAAAAUUGCCAAGUUUUUGCACAAAGUCUUCUGCUCUGUAACCAUUCUUAGUUUUCCGGCCAUCGCUCUAGACAGGUACUACUCUGUUUUAUACCCCCUGGAAAGAAAAAUAUCUGAUGCAAAAUCCCGAGACCUGGUUAUCUACAUCUGGGCCCAUGCGAUAGUGGCCAGUAUCCCAGUAUUUGCUGUGACCAAUGUGUCUGAUAUUUAUGCCAUGUCCACCUGUUCUGAAUCCUGGAGUUAUUCCCUUGGUCACCUGGUGUAUGUCAUCAUCUAUAACAUCACCACUGUGAUUGUACCAGUGGCUGUGGUAUUUCUCUUUAUGAUUCUCAUCCGCAGGGCACUGAGUGCCAGCCAGAAGAAAAAAGUCAUCAUAGCUGCCUUAAGGACCCCUCAGAACACAAUAUCUAUCCCUUAUGCCUCGCAGCGAGAAGCUGAACUUCAUGCUAUGCUACUUUCUAUGGUGAUGAUAUUUAUUUUCUGCAGUAUCCCCUAUGUGACUCUGGUGAUUUACCGCACCAUGCUCAACAUUUCAGAUAUUUCAGUCUUCUUGCUCCUCACUGCCAUUUGGUUGCCCAAGGUCUCUUUGCUAGCCAAUCCUUUGUUAUUUUUAACUGUCAACAAAUCUGUACGGAAGUGCUUAGUGGGGACCAUAGUACAGUUGCACCGAAGGUAUAGCAGGAGAAACAUUGUCAGCUCUGGUGGUGUUGCAGAUGCUAAUCUGGAGCCCAAUGUCCGUUCGGGGAGCCAGCUUCUGGAGAUGUUUCAUAUCGGGCAACAACAGAUCUUCAAGCCGACCGAGGAUGAGGAGAAUGAAACCAAAUCCAUUGUCUCUGGUGACUUUCAGCAGAAGGAAAUUCCUACAACCAGUUUAGAGGGGAAAGCUAGCAAAUGAAAGCAAUGGGUCAAAAAUGCUGGUAGCCUUGUACUGGCCUGCUGAGUGAGGAAGCUGAUAAUGGACCCCAAAAUGUAAGGUUUGCUAAUGCUAUUGUUCGCUAUUGUCCGGGGGAGGGAGGUGUGGUAGGAGGCUUUCCUUUUACCUUCACAGAUAUAAAUACCAGUCAUAUAAAUACUACUCAUCUCACAGACUAGAUUACCCAGUGUACGAGCUGAAUGUAAGACUUCCAAAUCUGGUGCCUAAUUCCUGUGUGAAGCAGAAUCACACUAUACCUGGUAUCAGCACACCAGCCUUUUCAUGAGUGUUCAGGCAGUGUCCUACCGCUUACCUCCCUGUGUCAUCACAGGCAUAUUGUCUUGUGUAUACUGAGUGUGAAUUUUAAACUGUAUCAGUCUGUUAGAUGACGUUAAAACUAUUGUAACCCUGACAUUUUAAUCCUCGUUCAGUUGCAAGUAGUCUUCCUCAUCUGCGUUCAUUGUUGUCUCACUGGGUAGUUUAUUAAGAGCACAAUCGAGUAACAUCUCCUGUAAUGUAGCCCUUUGGUGCAUGCCAGACCUUUACCUGUAGUUUAUUGCCUGUUUAUCAAAGUAGUUUCCUUUAAGGCAUAUUUUCAAAAGGACUAGGUGAAAAAUCUUGCCAAGUUCACAGUUAUUUACCAAAUCCAACUAGUUACUGUUAAAAGUGAGAAAAGAUACUCCUGAGGCAGAAUUUGGAGGUGUAUCUGUUCCUCCUUUGACAUGACUGAAGAAAGUCAGCAGCUUCUGAUGACUCCAAGGGUGAUGGAUUUCUACAAGGCAUUCAAAACAAACAUUGUAAUAAAAAUGUAGUUUAAAAAAGAAAAGCUUCUAAAUUACUGUGUAAACGAUGCUUAUUUUCUCAUUUUCUCUUUGGUUUCAGUGAUCUUAUGCUAGUCCAAGGGCUAGUCCAAGGACCAGUCUUCAAUGGGUCCAGAUGGGUGGUGGGAAUCCCAGUUGUCCUGCUUCUUAGCUUGCCUGAAAUCAGAUAGAAAGAAUAGGCCUGGAAAAAGUCUUAUUUCUACGGCAGAGGUAUAGAAGUACUGUAGCAGAUACUUUUGACAGGCGUUGGUAAUGAUUUCAAUGGAGUGUUUUGUUUUUCCAAAAUUAAUGAAAGAACGGAUUCUAUUUAAAAAAAAAAAAAAAACUCAAAAGCAAGCUAGGUUACAAUUUCCUUAGGAGUUCUGCUUAAAUUAAAUAUUUCUUGCACUGUUACUAUUAGAUACAGGUCAAAGUCUCUGGGACUGAUGAAUGUGGAUAAAUGGACGCACAAAUCUAAACUCCCUUUGAGGAAAACAAUCUUACUCUUAGUUUUCUCCCUUCCAACUCUCAAGUUGAAUGAAAUGCCAUGCUAAAUUCAAAGAGUGAAAUUCCAUAGAUCUACAUAGAAUUUAGUCUUAUUGUAUCUGUAAAGCAAUUUUUUCCCUAUACCUUAAGAAUUAUUUUGGAAUGCAAUACCUGGGAGUAUUUUAUUUUAGUCUCUCUUUCAACAGUUUAUCCAUGUGAAUUUUUAAGGGAAGUGGAAAAAAUGCACAAAAGCACAUCUUAAUGCAUAGAAAGAAUAAUCUGUGCAAAAUUCGUAAUACAGCCUUUCUAAUAGAACUGUCAUCAGUGAAAAGUAAUUCAGGAGACUCUUAAUGCAAUAUGGAGUAUUUGACUUGUGAAGUUUGUUUUUUAACUUAAUCCACGGCAGUGUUAAACUUUGUCGGAGUCGUUAGUGCUGUUUGUUGCCUUGUGCUCAAAUGAUUUCUACUGGGCAAAAUGCUCUCCAGUGGCCAAUGUGAAGAAAACCUCAAUUAUCAAGACUUGUUUUCUCCUUUGUCAUUACACUGAAGAUGAGCAAAACUUUUUUUUUGUUAUGAUGGUUAUUUUUUAACCACCACAGGUGGUGUUUCUUCUCUCCUGAUUUUUGGUGAGAGGAGGUGAAGUAUGAAGCAAAGCUGUGGAAAGAGAAGAAAGGAAAGCCUGGGGCAAUUUGGUCUGUGCAAAGAAAUAUAAAGGAUAGAUCUUAACCACUGAAGAAUAUGCUUAGAGGAAGGAAGGACAAAACUCAUUAUUCUGGUUCUUAGGGGAGAAAAAUAGAGAAUAGAGCUUAUAUUAAACAAAAGGAAGAAAUCUUUUAAAAAGGAGAACAAGUCUAUGUUAA